ACCCCACCCUUUCGGCUUACGUUUUGGAACUUAAUCUCCUCGAGAAGGAGGCCAAAUUCAAAAUCAGCAGCCAUGCUCAGCUACCUGAGCAAGAGGCUUCUGCCGUCACGAUCCCUUCCGGCACUCGUUGCUCCGGUUAGGGAAAUUUGUUCCAGCCAGGCAUUUUUCAAAAAGGAUAAGAUCGACUACCGGAAGCCGAUAGACUGUCCGGCGACCAAGGACAAACAAUGUAAGAACGUGAAGGAACCUCCGUGCAGUCCCACGAACCCACCCGUACGUCCUUGCAGCGAAAUCGACUGCAAGAAGCCGCGAUAUCCUUGCUGCGUGGAUUCGCGCAUCUCGAAGCGCCCCUGCGAGAAGUCCGGUCACAGUAAGGACUUCAAACUUAGGCCCGAUCCCUUCGUCUCCAUGUGGGAGAACUAUAAGGAUGCAAAGGAUCAGCGGCCCGAGUACUUGUGGCACUACCCAGAGCACUGCUGUCCCAAGUGCGAAGACGUACGCUUCGACGUUCUCUACUACAAGCCCUCGGACAAGUGCCGCACCUACCAGCGCACCUGGUGGGAGUGCUGUCCCCGGAUGGUGCCCAAGCGGGUGUGCUGUUGGUGCGACGCCGUUCCGCCACAGGUGAUGCGCCGCAACCUGCCACUCUGUCCGACAUCCGCUUGCAACAUGGAUCAUGAGAAGAAACGCAUGGAAUGCAUUAACCGCAAGGCCAAGGAAUGUCAGCGCCUGACGAUGCCCUGCUGUCGCGCGGCCCGGAUUCCUCCGACCUGCCAAAUCGUACGAACGCCUACCGGUUGCAAAAAGAUCAAGUGUCCGUUUCCCAGCUUCUCCGAGUGCCUGCAGGAAGAUCGAGCCAUCGUCCCAGAGCGUCCGCCCGAGUGCAGAUGCAGGAUAAUGCCACUCAUGUGUGAAAUGUAUUCACACGCCGCUCGUAUGGCCAAGCACGGAAUCCCCCUCUGUCCCUGCCCCAAGUGUCCUCAGGCACCUCAAAAAUUCUAAGAGUGCCACCUAUGCAA